AUGUUCCGAUCGGAGGCGCACUUCCGCAUGUUGGCCAACUUGCGCUUUCUGGAAUUACAAAAGUUGCUCCUAAAAAGGUUUCAAAUUUUCAAGAAUGAAGAAAUAACUGUGCUAAAGAAGGGCAGCAUGAAGACCAUUUUGUACGAAUGGGCUGAAUUCUUAACCAAGGAGCAGAAAGGGACCAACAUCACACACAUCCCAGAUGAAGUGUUGCAGAGUAAAAAGGUGGCCGACAUUUUGAGGGACGAUAUUGAAUGCAGGUGGUUGGUUGGUCGGAUCAAUGUGGCCAGCAACCAGGGCAGUGCGAUCGGUGUUAGCGAUAUUAGCGGCGUUAGCGGUGUUAGCAGCUCUAGCGGCGCUGACCUUGGGCGCGACGGCGCCGCGCUGAGCAAAAUGGACCAACUCCACUUCGACGAAUACCCAAACUUGUUCCAUUACGAGUACCCGCAAUUCCCCUACAACUCUUAUGACAAAAAAAAAAUGAGUAACUUUUACUCUCUCAUAAAGUUCCCCUACAAUGAUAUCUUAAAAAUUUCGAAGAUGAUCAAGAGGGACGUCAUCCCCCCGGGGGGUGAUGUUGAGGAGGGGGAGGUACAGCAGAGGGAGAAGCCGCGAGGGGACGCGUUGGAAUCCAGGGGCGUGGACGUAGUAGAUGAUGACUUCGUGAGUUACUCCAGCAACAGUUAUGUGUAUGCCCCCUCGGAGAUGGAGACGUCGAAGGAGAACUACCACGAGUAG